CCCUGCCCGGGACAGCAGGGGUACAACAAUAAGCCGGACCGAUCACAAAACCUCCAACCUCUGGUUUAUAGCACAGUUCACAAGAGUAGUGUGUGGCAAACAUCACCUUUCUUACCUGGGUUAUAUUUUAAUUCAGGGCGGAUCACAUCCCUAUAAAAGUUAUUUAUUAUAAACUAAUCUGUCUACAUAGAUAGGUCCUUCACAAGCACUUAAUAUUGUUUACCAAAGAAAUGGUGAUGGAGAAGCCAAGUCCCCUGCUUGUAGGGCGGGAGUUUGUGAGGCAGUAUUACACACUGUUAAACAAGGCGCCGGAUUUCCUGCACAGAUUUUACGGACGUAAUUCUUCCUAUGUUCAUGGAGGACUGGAUCCCAGUGGAAAGCUGGCCGAGGCAGUGUAUGGACAAGCUGAAAUCCACAAGAAGGUGAUGUCCUUGCAGUUCAGUGAAUGCCACACAAAGAUCAGGCAUGUGGAUGCUCACGCCACACUGAGCGAUGGCGUUGUGGUGCAGGUGCUUGGGGAGCUGUCCAACAAUGGUCAGCCCAUGAGGAAGUUCAUGCAGACAUUCGUCCUUGCUCCAGAGGGUUCAGUAGCAAACAAGUUCUAUGUCCACAAUGACAUCUUCCGGUAUGAGGACGAAGUCUUUGGAGACUCCGAGGCUGAGCUUGAUGAAGAAUCUGAGGAAGAGGUUGAAGAGGAGCCAGAGGAGAGACAACCUUCUCCUGAGCCCCUUCAGGAGAGCCCAAACAGCAGCACCUAUUAUGAACCUCACCCUGUCACUAAUGGUGUGGAGGAACCCAUGGAAGAGCCAACAACAGAACCGGAGCCGGAGCCUGAACCGGAGCCCAAAGCUGAGGAAACAAAACCUGAAACUGAUGAGAAGGUUUUGGAUGAGCUGGAGGAGAAGGCGCCUUCACCAGCCCCUGUGGAGUCCCCCCCACACACCCAGGAACCACCCAAAGCUUUCUCCUGGGCUUCAGUUACCAGUAAGAACUUGCCUCCUACCGGACCAGUUGCCACCUCUGGAAUACCCCCACAUGUUGUCAAAGCUCCAAGCUCACAGCCAAGACUUGAGGCCAAACAAGAGAGUCAGUCUGCCCCUCUUCGACCAAGAGACCAGCGGACACGCGACAGACCAACCUUCACUUCUCGUGGUCCCAGGCCAGAUGGUGUUUCAUCAUCUGACUCUCAACCAGGAAAACCACAUUUGAGCUUUGUAAACAAAGGUGGGCGAGGAGAUGACUCUGGUGAUAUGGACAGCAGACGAAUGGUGCGAUACCCCGACAGCCACCAGCUUUUUGUUGGUAAUCUCCCACAUGACAUCGAUGAAAGUGAACUGAAGGAUUUUUUCAUGACAUUUGGAAAUGUUGUGGAACUGCGAAUCAACACAAAGGGUGUGGGUGGCAAGUUGCCCAACUUUGGAUUUGUGGUUUUUGAUGACUCUGAACCGGUGCAAAGAAUCUUGGGGGCCAAGCCCAUAAUGUUUCGAGGCGAGGUGCGUCUGAAUGUGGAGGAGAAGAAGACGAGGGCGGUACGUGAGAGGGAGACCCGUGGAGGGGACGACCGGAGAGACAUGCGGCGUGGCGACCGUGGCCCUGGAGCAGCUCGAGGCGUCGCUGGGAGUGGGAUGAUGCGGGAGCGUGAGGGCAGGGGUCAGGCUCCUCGAGGAGGCCUGGCCCCCAAACCUGGGAUGGGCUCCGGCCGAGGCUCCGGGGGGCAGGGUGAUGGGCGCUUUGCCACCCAGCGGCGUUAGGAAGAGCACUACCUGCAGUGCGGAAGUAGUACCGUGUUCUUCAUCCUCAGUCGUUCUCAAUAACGAAAAGAAAUCUUCAUGUACAAACGUAUAUUUGUUUCUGUUUUUUGUUUACGUUUUUGUUCCCUCCUUGCUUUGGAAUGUGACUGUCCACUAUUGUUUGUCAAAUAGACGAAACAAAAUAAGCAAACAUAUUUUUUGCUUUAGUUGUGAGCUGAGCAUCCUUUUCAGGUAUCUCAAGAAUUUCACAAACUUUUAAUUUGUAAGUUUGUGAACAAGGCAAACCAACCAGGAGUAAUCUGCCACAUUAGAAGGGACUGAUAAAACUUGUCUGGUAAUUCAGCCCAUCAUUUGGAUAAGAGAUUAUAUGCCUAUAUCUAACUGGGGCGCUGCUUCACAAAAUCCCACUAUUGCACAUUUUCUAUGGUAGUUUUCUGGCCUCUGUCGGAAAAGAGUGAAAUGCAAAAAUUGUGCAGAUCUGGGAAAAAUCUUGCCUUUUACAUUUUUCCUUAUGAGAGACCACUGCUUGAAAAUUGCAUAAGGCACUCAUCAAUAUGCACUAAUGGGUACUUUUUGUCGUAUUACAUUGAUCUCCAUGUUUGGAACGCAGCUGGAGGGACGCAUUCGUCUCUAAACACACGACUUAUUGGGGCAGGCCUCAUUCACAGCCUGUCUGCUGUGACAAUGUACUUUUCACACUUUGACCCAAAAGUACUCUUCAAUUUCUGCUGGAUGGACAAGAUCACAAGCAAAUUAACAUCAGAUUUUCUUCCUCAUUUAUACCUGAAUAAAAGCCCAGAUUCUGGACUUUCACCAAAUGUUUGGGGAAUGGACUGUAUAAACAGAAGUGUACAAUUGCAAGUAGUGGUAAGGACGGUGGCUUUUUUUCUUUUUUCAUCCCCAAUUUUAUUUUCCUCUUUUUCCCUGACCAGCUAGAAAGCAAAACAGACGGUUGGAUGGACAACAGCCUCUUCCCUCUCGUCAUUCCUCCCACAAGUGCAGAGAAAAAGAAUAAAUGUACAGUAACAAAAUCAUAGUUUACGCUUUUGAUUUAUUUGUAAAUUUUACAUUUGUCAACUUGAUAAAAGCAUGAUGGUGCCUUCUAUUUCACUCUUUUGAGUCUACAGCUCUGCAGCUCCAGGCUCGCUGCCUCCUAAUAUUGAGCUGCUUAUUUUGAACUAUUACUUACUGGGAGCAGAUGGAAAAAUCCUCAGUAUUCACAAGAUAAAAGUUGUUUCUUUUCAGGUGCAUAUUUCAUGUUUCAUACGGUUUUACUACCUAAGAGAAUCUGCUGUGAUUUUUGUACAUUUGUUUUGUAUGGUGUGUCUGUUCUGGGUUUUGUAGAGACAAAAGGUGCCUCGCGUUCUGUUUUGUUAAAUGGUUACGAGGGUUCAGAAUUACUUACAAAAGGUACAUUAAAGACAGUGACUUUCAAA